UCGCGAACUCAAAGGCGGUCGCACAUGUUGCACGCUGAGAAAACGGAGCAGACAACGCAAAUAAAUAACCAAAAUAGACACUUAAAUAUUGAAAAUCACAAAGAUUGUUUUUGUUUCGUGUGAGUGUGUUGAAUUAUAAAAAGUUUUUGUUUGGCUUUUCUCUGUAUUUUUUACGGUGUCCAAUACAACGAACCGAAACGCUGGGCUAAAUUUAGCCAGAAUAUUGAACAAGUUUUUUUUGAAAAUGCAGUCAAAAAAAAUGUUUGGUAUAACCGAAUCAUAAUCAAGGUCUAAUUUAUUUUUUAAAUAAAAAAAUAGGCAAUGUGACUGUGAAGCGCCAACACAAACAAGACACAAAUAAAAAGGAGUUAUUUCAAACCCUACCAGCCUAUUAAGCUGUGCCACAUACGACAUUUAACAAACCUAAAAACACGAACAAACAAAAUACUCUUCUGCCUAGAGUAUUUAACAGACUAUUAAAAACCUUAUGGCAACAACAACCACAACGCAGGCAGCAGGAGCUGCACCAGCUCUCAAUUUAUUGCCCGCCAGCAAUAAUAAUGUAAAUAAUGCACUAAACAUUAAUAAUAACAACGUGAUAAGCCAGCCGAUUAAAAUACCGCUGAACGAACGCUUCUCGUCGCAAACAUCGACAGGUUCGGCGGACAGUGGCGUAAUUGUUUCCAGUGCAUCGCAGCAGCAACUACAGUUGCCGCCACCUCGCAGCAGCAGUGGCUCGCUGAGUUUGCCACAGGCACCUCCUGGCGGCAAGUGGCGGCAGAAGCAGCAGCGACAGCAGUUGCUGCUCAGUCAGGACAGCGGCAUCGAAAACGGUGUCACGACCCGGCCAUUGAAAACCAAGGAUAUUCAGGGCGUGGGAAAGGGAAAACCGAGCCACAAUGCCAAGGCCUCGAAGGAGAUCGGGGAGCAGUCAAACAGCAGCAGCGAAAGCCUGGGCAGCAAUUGUUCUGAGGCCCAGGAUCAGCAGAGAAUAAGAGCCUCUUCCGCUUUAGAGCUCAGCAGUGUGGACAACCCCGCUGUCGUGGGUGCCAGUAACGUGGCUAACAACAUCUUGCGUAGCCGCAUCAAGUACAAGAGUACCAAUAGCACCGGGACCCAGGGAUUCGAUGUGGAGGAUCGCAUCGAUGAGGUAGAAAUCUGUGAUGAUGACGUGGACUGCGACGAUGUGGAAAUCGAGGAGGAGGAUGAUGGCGUCAAUGUGGAUGACGAUGUCGAGGAGGCCGACAACGACAACCAAUCUGACAGUCAGUCGGGUAUUAUAAUAAACCUCAAGAGCAAGUCCGAGCCACAGGUGCAGAAGGAGAAGGAGGAGAAGGAGGCAAAGGAGGCAAAGGAGGCGGAUCUUAAACCUAAAAACCGAUUACUGCCACCCGAUCAGGCGAAACUAACAGUGGCAGCGGCCAUAGCUCGUCGUCGCGAUGCCAAGAGCCUCGCCACCGACGGCCACAUAUACUUUCCCCUGCUCAAGAUCAGCGAGGAUCCACACAUUGAUUCCAAGCUGAUUAAUCGCAAGGAUGGCCUCCAGGAUACCAUGUAUUACCUAGACGAGUUCGGCAGUCCCAAGUUGAGGGAGAAGUUUGCCCGUAAGCAGAAACAGCUGCUUGCCAAGCAGCAAAAACAGAUGAUAAAGAGGGAGCGGAGGAGCGAGGAGCAGCGCAAGAAGCGAAACACCACCGUGGCAUCCAACUUGGCUGCCAGUGGUGAGGUGGUGGAUGAGACCAAAGAUGAUUAUAAGCAACAACCACACUGUGAUACUAGCUCUAGGAGCACACAUAACUCGGUACCCAAUCCCUCCAGGCACCUUCACGAUGAUCACCACACCAAUGUGGAUGUAGACGAGGAUGUCGAGGAACACAGCCACAGGGACAACGGAGUGGUCAAGAUGCGCCGCCACAGCCACGACAACCACUACGACAGAAUCCCCCAAAGCAACACAACCACAAUCACUACCCGCCCCAAAAACGAUCAUCAGUCCCAGGACAACGGGGAUAUCGAGCAAGGAGCCGAGCCAGAUCUCGAAGGCGACGCAGAUGCGGACAGCGAUGAGAGUGGCGAGAACGUUAAGACUGCCAAAUUGGCCAGAACUCAAUCCUGCGUCAGUUGGACCAAAGUGGUGCAAAAGUUCAAAAAUAUACUAGGUCGCGAUGGUUCCAAAAUUACAACAGUUGUUGCAACACCCGGCCAAGGCACCGAUCGCGUACAAGAGGUCUCCUAUACAGACACUAAGGUCAUCGGCAAUGGCAGCUUCGGCGUCGUGUUCCAGGCAAAGCUUUGCGAUACCGGCGAACUGGUGGCAAUCAAAAAAGUUUUACAAGACAGACGAUUUAAGAAUCGUGAAUUGCAAAUUAUGCGCAAGUUGGAGCAUUGUAAUAUUGUAAAGCUUUUGUACUUUUUCUAUUCGAGCGGUGAAAAACGUGAUGAAGUAUUUUUGAAUUUAGUCCUCGAAUAUAUACCAGAAACCGUAUACAAAGUGGCUCGCCAAUAUGCCAAAACCAAGCAAACGAUACCAAUCAAUUUUAUUCGGCUCUACAUGUAUCAAUUGUUUAGGAGUUUGGCCUACAUCCACUCGCUGGGCAUUUGCCAUCGUGAUAUCAAGCCGCAGAACCUUCUGCUCGAUCCUGAGACGGCUGUGCUGAAGCUCUGUGACUUCGGCAGUGCCAAACAGCUGCUGCACGGCGAGCCGAAUGUGUCGUACAUCUGCUCCCGGUAUUACCGCGCCCCCGAGCUCAUCUUUGGCGCCAUUAAUUAUACAACAAAGAUCGAUGUGUGGAGUGCCGGUUGCGUUUUGGCCGAGCUGUUGCUGGGCCAGCCUAUCUUCCCUGGGGAUUCCGGUGUCGAUCAGCUCGUCGAGGUCAUCAAGGUCCUGGGCACACCGACAAGAGAACAGAUACGCGAAAUGAAUCCAAACUAUACGGAAUUCAAGUUUCCACAAAUUAAGAGUCAUCCAUGGCAGAAAGUUUUCCGUAUACGCACUCCUACAGAAGCUAUAAACUUGGUGUCCCUCCUGCUCGAGUACACGCCCAGUGCCCGGAUCACACCGCUAAAGGCUUGUGCACAUCCGUUCUUUGACGAGCUGCGCAUGGAGGGCAACCACACCUUGCCCAACGGUCGCGAGAUGCCGCCGUUGUUCAACUUCACCGAGCACGAACUCUCGAUACAACCCAGCCUAGUGCCACAAUUGUUGCCCAAGCAUCUGCAGAACGCAUCCGGACCUGGCGGCAACCGAUCCUCAGCCGGCGGCGCAGCCUCUGCUGCGGCCAGCGGCUCCACCAGCGUCUCGUCAACAGGCAGUGGUGCCUCCGCGGAAGGAUCCGCCCAGCCGCAGGGCACAGCAGCGGGAUCGGGAUCCGGCGGAGCAGCAGCAGGAGCCGGCGGAACAAGUGCUGGGGGUCCCGGGUCUGGCAACAGCAGCAGCGGCGGCGGAGCACCGGGGGCGCCAUCUACCGUGGCAGCUGCUGCCAAUGCCGCGGUCGCCGGUGGUGGUGGUGUCGGUGCGGGGGCCACUGCGGCCACAGCAGCUGGCGGUAUGGCCGCGAGCAACGCCAACUUAACAGGUUCCCAGUCGAACAGCGCCCUGAACAGCAGCGGAAGUGGCGGAAGCGGUAGUGGAAACGGAGAGGCAGGUGCCUCGGGAUCCGGAUGCGGAUCGGGAUCGGGAGGUGGAAACGGCGGGGAUAACGACGCUGGAGACAGUGGAGCAGCCGGAUCUGGAGGAGGAGCAGCAGAAACCGAGGCAGCGGCGUCGGGUUAGCGCGACAGAGGUGCUCUUUUAAUGUAAUGUUAUUCACAGGAUUUUCUCUUGGGCCAGGGAUUAAGUUUACCAUUUUGGCCAUAAGCGACAUGGCAACAACACACAGACACACACAGUUAGACUCGACCUUAGAGAUGAAUGAAAUUCCAGCUAAAGCUAACACAAAAUAAGACAAUGGAUUUCACUUCACACUACACCCACCCAAUACACUGACACCCCCACCCCGACAACAACCACAUCCUUACACAUUCUCACUUACAACACACAUGUAUGUAUGUAUAUCAAGCUAUAUGCAUUGGGCGCAAGCAAAUAUUUAGCAUAAAAGUCGAGAAAAUACAAAGAUUCAAUUUAAAUUAUGCAUAAAUAAUUUAAAAAAUAAUAAUCUGUACUAUUGAAAAACAAAGAUAAAAACUCCGGAUGAAUGUUAAGAAACAAUCGGAAGAAUCGUCCCCUUACGCCCCCGCCCUCAAAUUUAGCUAAUAACAUUUAAAAAAUAGCUCGCGAAACGUAAUAAAACUUAAGUAAAAAACCACAAGAAAUAUAAGAGAAUACUUAGUGAAAUAAAUCAAAAUUUUUGCCCCAUUUAACGUUUAUAUAUAUGCGGUUAUAGAAAUAUAAAACGUUCACAGCAGUUAGCAAUCCAUAGUGAAAGUAAAAAUGAAAAUAAAAGGCGGCAAAUUAACAACUAGCAAAAAGGAGGAUAUAACAUUUACUAAACUCGCGCAAGUGCAUCUAUAUAAAUACGAUAUAGAUAUUAUACAAACAUAGAAAUAUAUACGAGAUAUUACCGAGACAUUCGUAAUCCUAGUAGCAACCCCAAACCAUGAACCAGAAAUGCCGAGGUAAAAGAAAACUCCACGUAUAGCAACAUUUCGUGGCCUGUUCUUAAGUGACGCAUAGGAACUACGAUUAUCUAAGGAAGCGAUCGUCAAAAUGCAAUAUACACUAACACUAUACAUAAAUACAAAGGUUAUAACAAAAAGAGCAAAGAUAAAUGAAUGUAUGAAUGAGUAAAACGCUUUUAGCGCGCGACGCCACCCAUUAACUUAAAUUAACAAUGCUAAUAGUGAGGUAAUGAGGUAGUAUUGCCAGGAUAUAUUUAAAAGUAACCGACAAAAAACAUUUAGCUGCAAUUAAAAAUUUAAACUUAUUUAAUACAAAUUGAAGUAAAAUACAAUGAAACCGAGGACGGUUUUAGAAUAUAAGGCCUUAGAUCAACCGGAAACUCCUGCGCGACUAUAGCUACCCCUCGGUUUGAUUGGUUCCAAUAUAUUUCUUUAUACCUACGAAAAAGACCCAGUUAAACUGCUUAGAUCUCGUUUUGAAAAUCUGCGAUUAUGUCCAAGCACUUUAAGCCCAUUAAAACCAACUAAGUAAACAAAACCAAUCGAAAUACGAAAAAAGGUAAAGAAAAAGGGAAAACAAGUCUAUUUGUAUGUAUUUCCAUAGAACUCCUUCUAUAUUAUAUGAGAACAUAUUUUUUUUUUACUAACUAAAUGAUACAUUUAUACAAUUAAUGAAGUUGAGUUUUGUGGCAUCAAAACUAAAUAAAUUUAACUAUAUACAUAUAUGUACACACCCACACAAAAAAACACACGUAAAUUCAGACAUAUUCACACGCACAUACGUUUAUAAUUUCAGAUAAAUUUAAAACCGCAGAUUUGAACACUUAUUUCCGUUUUGGUAAAGAUGCUAAGACAACUGCAGACAAGUUAUAUAAACCGUAAAAAACACCCACUCACACUGCUUACAUUGUAAUUACAAGUUUCAACUGAAGAAAAAUGAAAGCCCAAAACAAUAUAUACAUAUACACACAUAUAUAUGCAUAGAAAAACAUACUUAUAUAUGAUGAAGAACUUCAGCGUUUCGCUUUAAUUAUGAGGCAACAACCACGAGAGAAAUCCAAACCAAAUUUAAACUUAAUUAACAAAUAAACACAACUAAACUAACUGCAAAACUAAAAAGUGGGAAAACCAAAUUGAAAGAGGAAAUGAUGAUGAAAUAAAACAAGACAAGUGCGUAAAAACCAUUAAUUUAAAAACAAUAAAAAUUACAAACAAAAAUAUA